AAAAAACAACUCAUCAAACUUUUGGAGCAGCUCACAUGAUAAAUCAUUGAAGCCUAAACAUGACAUGAUAAUAAAUACAUAAAACUUAUUGAUUAUUAAAUAUAUAAGAAUGUCUGAUGAUGACAUUCAAAUAGUAAAGGUAGUUGAAAAGAGAGGGAAAAUGGUGAGUAACUUAUUUUAUAAGUACCAAGACUUAACUCGUAAUUCGUAACUAACCAGAUGAGAUCUAUUUUUAUUAGUGGUAUUAUUAGUUAUUAGUGUUUUACCUGUUAAACUUAUUAGUUAUACUAACACUACUAACAGUAACACUAAACUCUAAACUAAAUAAUAAAGUGACUAAAGACAAGUAAAGACUAAAGCUAGGGGUUUAAAGCCAAAGCACUAAUUGUGUCACUAAUCAUUAAUGGCAACAGUACAGUGUACAGUAACAAUGCCAAUGGACUGGUACUGGCACUUGGAGGAAAGUUACAAAAUCAAAAUGAAGUUACAGUAAGACCUAGUUAUUUAAAUAGGACUUAAAAAAAUCAGUUGAUUGGGUAAAUCAAAAAUGCAAAGAAGAGAUGCCAUGUUUUUUUAUUUCCCAAUGGCCGCCAUCUUGGUUGACAAGACCAGUUAAUUCUGUCACUAAAUCUAAGUAAAUGUAUCCCCAAACCUAACCUGAACCCUAAUUCAUGGCAACUUGGCUCUUUUAUAAACACGCAAAUGGCGUCAUAGCAUCUCUUCUUCUUCUAUAUCUUAAGGGCCCACGAUCAAUUUAUUGAUCAUUUUGGCUCCUAUGCAUGUAGAUGGGAUUUGCAAUGUUUCUGUUACUGGUGUUGAUGAGGAAAUCAUGCACUAGGGGUUUGAAGGCUGGAGGCAAUAGACACAAAUGUGUCUAGUGUUGUCGCCUCAACCGUUCCUUUUGAAAGAUUGUUCCAGUCCCUGAUUGUCUUGGGCAGGAAUGAGCAGCUCCUAUUCUGGCUUCUUGCUGGUAUGAGCCUGAAUUGCCUGUCAUGGCCUCGUCGCUGUCUAUGGGGGAGAGGGACGAGUUUCUGUUUAAUACUGGAACAGUGGACCAGCCCAUUAUUUAUCUUGUACAUCAUGGAGAGCCUGGAUUGUCGUCGUCGUAUCAUGGCCUCGUCGCUGUCUAUGGGGGAGAGGGACGAGUUUCUGUUUAAUACUGGAACAGUGGACCAGCCCAUUAUUUAUCUUGUACAUCAUGGAGAGCCUGGAUUGUCGUCGUCGUUUCUCCAAUGUUGACCAGCCUAGUGUUUCUAGCAUGCUGCCAACACUAGAGGUAUUCCUGUAGCGGUUUAGGACAAAGCGUGCUGCUCGUCGCUGGACAGCCUCCAACCUGUCAAUGCUCUUCUGGGUAAAUGGGUCCCAGACUGAAGAUGUAUAAUCUAAAAUCGGACGGAUAAAGGCUUUAUAUGCUCUUUCUUUCACACAGGAGUUGCCAAUCUUUAGAUUUCGCCUUAAGAACCCUAGGGUCUUGUUUGCUUGGUUACAUACAUUGUUAAUAUGCUCGUCCCAGCGGACCUCUCUUUGAAUGGUAACACCCAGGUACUUUACGGAGGAAACUGGCUCAAGUAUAUGGCCGUGCAGUUUGUAUUGGUAGUGUAGAGGAGUACAACUUCUAGAGACUGAUAGUGCAUUGAUCGUUGAUUGAUUUGAUACCAUAUUCCAUAUUUUAUCAUUUAUGGUCGUUUCAUUGCUAUUUUAUGUCAAUUAUAAAGAGUAAAGAAAGUUAUUAUGCCAUAUUUAUGAAUUUGUAGCAUUUAAGUCAGUUCUAAAGACUAAAGAAAGUUAUGAUUUAGAUUUUUUUCGAGAAUUAUUUUGGAAGUUAUCCUAAUAUAUUUUGGUAUAAAUCUUACUAGUUUUACUAUUCUUACCCUGUUAAUUGAGACAUAUAAAUAUGAGAAAAUAAAAAAGUGAAUAAAAUAAAAACUGGGUAGACUUCGGGUAGAGAAUUUUUUAGAGAGUUGCCACUCCUGCUUGGUAUCCCUGUUGGAGGAAAUGUAGUCAGCAUAUACAAAUACAAUUGAAGUGGUCACUGUUUUGAAACUUUACUUUAAUAAAAUUGUUGUGGUAGGGUGGAGGAAAAUAUAUUUACCUAUUCUUGUCGAUAAUUUGGAUUCUUUUAACAGUGGUUAUAAUUUAUCAUGAAAAGCAUUACUGGUGGAGAAUGUACAAGAAAUUAAAUAGUAGACUUAGCAUAAUUCAACUUGAUAUAUUGUUGCAAAAAACAAUAGCUUGAUCAAAAAUGGUAAAACACAGAAUUGUUCAGCAUCCUAUUCUCUUUAAAAGGAUAAGCACACAACAUAUUUAACAAAGAAAUGACCACAAACCGUAUUUUUCCCCAUUGCAUAUGCAAUGUUUAUUUUACAUUUUCUAGUGAACAAGAGUUGAACAAGGGGCACGUAACUCUGCAAUUAUUUUUCACAAUUAUUUGUCACUUACUGAAAAAUGAUUUAUCCAAGCACCUAUUAACAUUCAAACAAGUGACACUUUUACUUGUCUUUUACUCUAUUUAUAUUUUGUGAUUCACAAAUUUAGACCUAUUGUUUGUUUAUCACUUUACUUUAUGUGACUAAAACCUUACCAACACUUUUCAUCAGUUAAACAAAAAUGAUUUCACUCACUCAAAUUGUUUCUUAAACUCUACCUAUGUCAUACAUGACAAUGAAUGCAGACUAAAAUUUGCUAAUUACAUUAGCAGAUACAUAGUCAUUACUAAGAUCUCUAUUGAAAACUUAGAUAAGGACCAAUCAAGGGCUGUGUAGGUGUAGGCACUGAUUAACAUUCAUUCUCAUUUGGGGCCAAGCUAUUUGCUUAUUUAGCCCCAGACAGUACAACACAUAAGAGCCACAUCUGUUGGGAUUACCCUAAAUCAAACUAUUAACAUGGAUUUUGGAGCCCAGCUCCUCCUCCAUUUCACAAUAUAUGGAACUUGCAGAAUGGUUGGAUGACUUUUGGAGGCUCCCUGCUUCUUUUGGUUAUGUGUUCCUGCACAUAAUUUUUCCUUAUAACAGCUUUGGACCCCUUAAAUAUUUAAAGAAUUCUGCAGAAAGGAGAGCGCUGGGCCUUUGUCUAGUAAGUGCAUAAUUGUCUAGGGCGCUUGGUCACAGUGGCGGUAGUUUGAGUCCAUUAGAGAAUUUAGUCUAUGGCUUUAACUAUGACUAGGACAAUGCUUGGUUCUCUUCUUAGUCAUGAGACUGAUGGCUGCUCUUAGGUCUCCACCAAGGAUCACUCUUGCUCUCUUGCUUCAUGUUCUGAUAAAGCUUACAUGCUGUUUGCGUCUGCUGCUAAACAGUUAUGCCAGUCCUCUCUGAUGUGGUCUUUUAGCUAGUUCGGUCAUUAACUGGUCUGAUUAUGGCGGGGUUGCUGAGUACACACUAAAAACAUGCAUAUAAAUGACAAUUUUUAUAGUAGGUAAACGUGUCUGUCAUUCAUAUGCAUUAGGCAUUGUCAAAUAUGGAACCAGUUGUCUGUGCAGGGAAUUUAUAAAGUAUGAGCUUCAUCAUUGCUCAAUAUCUUUCCACACAUCACUGAAGUUAAAUCUAUGUAUGAUUAGUUUCUAAAAUUGAAAUAAUUUGAUGAAAUCUGAAUCUUAAUCACCUAUUAUAUCAUGUUUUAUAUUUGAAACAUCCAAUUUUGAAAAGUCUUAAAAUAAAUUAAAUGGAUUAAUAAAUUUAGGACAAAAAGUAUUGCACUCUCCCUCAAACCUUUAUUGUUUGGAAGUAAGAAGUAAAGAAAAUUAUUCUCAUUAUAAAUAAAAUUGAAAUUUAUUCAGUACUUGAUCAAAGACAUCUUAAAAAUAAAAAUGAUGGAGCUUUAAAAAAAUUUGAAUUUCACUCUUACUAUUAUUAAUAUAUUUUAGUCUCUCCCUCACCCACCUUUAUAGCAUAUUUUAAAAAAUUGUAACUUUAGUUAUAUUUGAACUACAUAUGCCCAGGACAUAAGAGAUGCCAACAUUGUACACAAAUAAAGGUGAUAAUAAUAACUGAGGAAUUUCUAUUCUUGGCUUAGUCUGAAAGACGUUUGGCCAUGUCGCCCUUAAACGAUUGCAGAAUCUGGCUAACCGCAUCUACUCAUAGGCCCAGUGUGCCCUCCGAAGUGGUCGUUCAACUGAAGACAUGAUAUUCUCCAUGAGAAGUAUCAUGAUCAGCAUAGGCCUCUUUACAUUGCUUUCGUAGAUCUGACCAAGGCAUUUGACUUGGUAAGUUUGAGUGGGCUGUUCAAUAUCUUGAAUAGAAUAGGUUUUUCCCCCCACGACUGCUCACUAUCAUACAGUCAUUUCACUUAAAUAUUUCAGCAUAGCAAUCUCCAUUCCUAGUCAGCAGCGGAGUAAAACAAGGUUGUGUAUUGGCAAAAAUGCAUUUUCUUCUAGAUGCUCCUUCAAUUUUCCUUCAGGGACUGUGAAGAUGGAGUGUACGUCCAUACCAGAUCUCUGUUCAAUAUUGCCCACCUUCAUGCAAAGACCAACACCGAGGGGAUAUACAUCCACACUAGAGAUGACGGCAAAUUAUUCAACAUUGCCCGCCUUAGAGCUAAGACUAAAACAAGAAAGGUCUUGCUGCGGGAGUUCUUGUUUGCGGACGAUGCCGCUUUGGUAUCUCACACAGCAGACGGCCUGCAGAGCCUCGUAUCCAGCCUAUCCGCUGCCUGCAAAGAGUUUGGCCUGACAAUUAGCCUAAAGAAAACUAACAUUAUGGGGCAGGGCGCUGACUCCCUCCCCACUAUCGCCAUCGACGACUAUGACUUGGAUACUGUUGACAGAUCCACAUAUCUGGGAUCCAAAAUAUCGAGCACCCUCUCAAUGGAGGAUGAGAUAAGUGGAAGGAUAGGGAAGGCCGCAACUGUUAUGGCCAGACUGAAGAAAAGAGUCUGAUCAAACACCAAACUCACAACAAGAACUAAGCUGCAGGUGUACCAGGCCUGCGUAGUGAGCACACUCCUGUAUGGAUGCGAGUCGUGGACCACAUACUCUAACCACGAAAGAAGGCUCAAUGACUUCCAGCUCAGAUGCUUGCGCCACAUCCUUGACAUUAAAUGGCAAGACAAAGUCCCCAACACGGAUGUCCUGUCCCAAACAAACGUGUAGCGUCCCAGCCAUGUUAAUCCAAAGACGCCUCCGCUGGCUUGGACACAUCAAGCGAAUGCAACCUGGUCGCAUACCAAAGGACGUGCUAUACAGCAAGCUGGCAACAGGGAAAAGGUCAGUUGGACGACCUCGCCUGAGAUACUUAGACAUAUGCAAAAGAAGCAUGAAGUCGGCCAACGUCGACAUCCUAAACUGGGAGGAGCUGGCAGAGGAUCGAUCCUCGUGGCGGGGCAUCGUGAAGGCAGGAUCACUACAUGCCGAGGAGCAAAACAGGGCGGAAACAGCUGCAAAAAGAGCGAGGAGGAAGGCCGGUAAAUACUGCUCCACCGCAUUCGUGUGUGGGAAAUGCAACAGAGACUGCCAUUCGAGGAUUGGUCUCACCAGCCACACCAAGAGCUGCAAGCCAUAAAGAUAAUCUAUCGUCUCCCACAGACGGAAAGAUGCCAUACAUGCAAAGACCAGGGUAAAAAAAGGUACUAAUUCAUGAACUGCUGCUCGCUGAAUGUGCCGCCUUAACAUCUCACACAGAAGAAGGUCUUCAGCGACUAGUUAAUCGUCUAUCACAUGCUUGUAUAGAGUUUGGACUGUCAAUUAGUCCAUAGAAAACACAUGUCAUGAUGCAAGAAGCACCAUCCCCUCCAAUAAUAUCUACUGAGGGCUACAAUCUGUUGGUUGUUGAGCAUUUCUUAUACCUUGGAUCCAAAAUCUCUAGUUCACUCUGGUGAACAUCAUGAUCGCAAAAAUUGAAUAAGUAGGUGUGGAAUAAUCUUAAACUAACUGAUAGUACAAAAUUAAGUGUCUAUUAUGCAUGUAUGCUUAGUAUGUUCCUAUGUGGCAGUGAAGUGUGGACCACAUAUGCCUGACAUGAGCGAAAACUCAAUAUCUCCCAUCAAAUAUGUCUGCUUCACAUUUUAUGCCUUCAAUGGCAGGACAAGAUGCCUAACACAGAGGUUUUGGAACAUGCUAUUUAAGGACAUUUGCAAAAGGAGCAUGAGGGAAGCCAACAUAGAAAUCAACGAAUGGGACAUCAUCGAUGAGAACCAUCUCAGCUGGCAAACAGCAGUGUAUGAAGGAGUUGAUAAGCCAAAAGAUGCGUGAAAUGAAGCCCUUGCAACAAAAAGAGUAUUACAGAAGGCCAAAUUUAUCAGGAGUCAAGGAUCUGCAAGAAAUGCAGCCGAGACUGUCAUUCCAGGAUCAACCUAGUAAGCCAUUUGAUGAAGUGUCGAUAGCUACUCCAUCGUCUUGCAAAGGUGGAAGUAUGUCAUGUAUACAUAUUUCAACUAUUGUAAACUGAUUAUAGUAUCCUUGAAAACAACAAAAUUAAUUUAGGAUAAUAAUGACUAACUAAUACUAUCCUAUUUUCAGAAGGAAAUGACUUGGGUCUCAUCUUCCUUUGAUGAUCUUGGGCCUGCCACAUCAGUGUUGAAAAAAACAUCAAAUACAUUAAAGCAAAGUGUGAGUUCCAGAUCAGAUCCAUAUGGAAAAAACAUCUCUCAAGGUAACUACAACACUAAUCAUGAAGAAAUGAAGGACACAAUUAGUCAUCAAAUAUCAUUGAUGGCAAAAACUUAAUAACACGCACUCUGAAGUUGAAAAUUUGAAAUCGCAUUUUAUUCCCUUUCCUUGUUUGCUUACCUUAGACUAUCUUUAAAAUGAGGCAACCAUUUCUAAUCAACAUUUUACAGGACAUUUUACACAUGCUAAAAUGGACAAAAUCUCUCUCCUAUUGUAAGACAUUGAAGAAUCAAGCAGCUUUAAUAGCUUGACCAAGGAAGAGAAGAGAAAUCUUUGUUAAGCCAGCUUCCCAAAACCUAGUACAUAGAAUUUCAAAAACCAUGUACACAAAUUAAAAAAAAACCUGUACACAAAAAUGAAAAGCUGAAAUUUUUUUAUUUUUGUGUCUGUAAUUACUUUUUGUUGUUGUUGCAUACUAGCAUUCUUUGUCCAUUUUAUGUCUAUUAAAUAUCUUAAUCAACAAGUGUCUGUUUUUAUAUUACCGAUUUUUAUCGCCAUUGAAUCUGUUUUUACAGUAGGUUUGUAUUUUUUUAAGCAUAGAAAUAAUUGCUUUUAGUCUCCAUUGCAGUGAAAUAAGAUCCACAAAAGUUUUAUUACUAUAACAGUGGAGAGAUGUAAAGAGUAAUUUAUGAUCUAAGAAGCCUAAGGAUUAGACACAAAUUUUUCAAAACUCUUUGAGAUGCUCUAUUAUGAUGCCUCAAUACUCCCAGGGAAUUCUUUAAUCCAUUCAGUUAAAAACUACCCGCUCCAAUUCUCUAACUUAAAGUUAGAUGCAGCCAUUUAAUUCAAAGAUUCCGGAUAGGUAAUAUAAUAAAUACACAAAAGAAAUAAAAUCCCUACAGGCAUCAACAUUCAAAAUAACAAGUAACUCUGCUUUGAGUUUCAGGAUUUAUCUAAAUAAUGAAGCUCAAUAUUCAAAAUGACAUUAGUGAAAAACAGGUUUUACCACUAGACCUGCCUAAUGGUAUCAUUAACAAUAUAAUUAUAUUAAAAUAUGUAUUAAAAAAUAAAGUGAUAAUUUUAGGCACCGUAUUACUUGUUAUAGUUUUAAAAAAAGUUGAGUGGUCAUUAUGUUUAAUUAAAGUGUUACCAUGCUGAUCCUUUAGGUUGUCUAUCCUUGAAUAAUUCCCACGAUAGCCAAAUACAUGUGAAGUGUGGUGAUAAACAGGAAACCAACCUGCCUCCAUUGAAUGCUGUCCCAGAGACAGAAGCGCAUCUACUGACUUCGUGCUCCAUGCCAGUUGUUGUUGGGGAGGCCAGGGGCGAUAGGAGAGUACUAUGUACAGAUAAUGUUAUAUAUCACUGCCCAACAGAGGGAGCGGUUUGCCGUUGUACUAGCCGAGGAUUUUAAGAGUAUACGCUCAAGACCCCCCCUCCCCCCUUCCCCGAAUGUGAGUUAGUAAGUGGUAAAUGGUAAACUGUACUCAAAUAGAUAUUUUUAGACGAUCUCUCAGUCAUCAACCAUAGUUCAUGUUGAGCACACCAAUAGACUUUGAGCUCUGUUUUGACCAAUUUGGAACUGCACAUAGGAAGUUAUAUAAAGUUCCAAUCAACUACACCAUUUUGAACACCAGAUUUUAUUUUUGUUUUGUUUUGAAUAAUCAGGGAAAACAAGGUACAAAAUAGUGUACAAAAUCACCAGCAGGAUGUACAUAUUAGAAAGCGUUAAGACCACGUACUAAGGUAGGAAAAUAAUAUCAGUUGGCUUAUAUAGAAAUACUGCUUGUCUGCAAGGUUUGGUCAUUAAACGCAAUAUUUCUUAUGUUAACCUUUAAAAAAAAAUUAAAGUUUUCUUUAAUUUUUAUUUCUCAGGCAGUCAGCAAAGCAUUAUUUCUGCUUUUACAAAUGAAAGGCUUUCAAGAAAACGACCAAGACAGGCUGUUCAACAGCAAAACAGUCAAACUGAGAUGACAAGGAAAUCAUCACUAAAGACUGCAGUUGGCACUGAACUUUGGUCAGAGAAAUAUAGGCCAUCCACUAGAGUGAGUAAAUACAAUUUAUGUCACAUGAAUUGUGAAAUAGUUUUACAGCUUAACAUAAUUCACAACUGACAGGUCAAAUGUUUAAAUAUCAAUGGGCAAAAUAUCAAAUUUUACACUAUCUUAUAAACAUAAGAAGCAGCUCUUUUCACUAUAAAGACACAUUUAUAUUACUAACCAAAACUUCAUCAAAUAAUUUAGAAUAAAAAAUACAUAUUAAUUAAAAAAAUAAAUCAAUUAUGUUUUUCAUUUUUUUUAUUAUUAACCACUAUUUCAUUUUGUUUGUGUAAAUUUUUCUUAGAUCUUUAAAGUCAUUUCUAUUUCAAUUUAACGUAAUCUGUAGUUUGAUCUGGCUGUACAUAAAAAGAAAGUGGAGGAAGUUGCAGACUGGUUAAAAUUGAAGUCAUCUGGCAACCUUAAGGUAACUUAAGCCUCAUAUUUCAAAAUAAAUGUAAGAACAAGAUAUGCUAAACUUGAAGUAAUAGACAGGACAAUAAGAUUUCGCCUUAGAGCCUUCUUCAGCAAACAAGAAAAAUAUAACUAAGACAAGUAACAUAGCACAGUAAAAAACUUUAGAGAUUCCUUUGUUGUUGCCAGAAGUAGGAUUACAGGAAAUGAAAGAAUAUAAAUAUUAUAUUACAAAAGGUUGAACCAAUUCUUAAAAUUUCAUUAGGUUGAUUUAAAAAAAAUAUACUGCCAAGCACAAAGUUGGCAUAAAAUCUGGGAUCUGUUUCACCAAUAAAUAGAAAUGUAGUAAAAUAGCAAUUAAGCCAUUUGUUUGGAGUCACUAAAUAGAACAAAAUUUCAUAUUGUAUAAAAAAAAAUUCUAAAAUUAAAGCCAAGUAAGGCAUUGUAAAUUUAGGGAAUGUUCGUGGCUGUCAAAAAAGAAACCUUGAAAUACAGAUGUUUUUCAGCUGGAAAAGAAGUGAAAAUAACUGAUUGUCUUAAGACAAAAUUUGCUUAGAAUUAGUUACCUCCCCUACAAGUUUUUCAAAUUAAAUAGUGUUUUUUAUUUCUUCUUUCAUUAGAGGUCAGCCCCAAUUUUGCUAUUGACAGGACCCCCUGGUGCUGGAAAGUCAGUUUGUUUGCAGUUGUUAUGUGCUGAGUUAGGUCUGAGCAUACAAGAAUGGACCAACAAUUCAGAACUAGCAGCGGACCAAUGGUCGAACAAAGAAUUUAAUAGCUCAGGUUAGUGAGUUAAUUUCUGAAAUUUUGCUGAAGCCUUCUAAAAAUUUUAAACACAAUCUUUUGUAACAAUAAUGGAGUGACUAAAAAUUUUCUGGUGAUCUCUUUUAAUUUUCUUGGUAUUUGAAUAAUUUGUGUGUGCAUUAUUUUUACAUAGCAGAUUAAUUAACAAAAAUAUUUGAAAACAAGACAACAUGAAAACUUUUGGUGAUAAAUCUUUUUGAUAUAAUAUUGAAGUAGUUUAGCAGCUUUGUGUCAAGUUUGACAUUCAUAACUGUACUACGGUAUUCAACUGAAUAUUUAUCUAGAGAGAUCCAGUGUGGACACCUACAUGAGUCAGUCCCAGAGUUCUCUCUUCCACAACUUCCUGCUCAGAGCUAACAAGUACAGAGCACUGGACUUGUUUGGACCAGCUACAAACAAGCAGUCCUUAUCCAUUGGCACAACAUCAAAUACUGUUAUCUUAGUUGAGGACCUGCCCAAUCUAUUUUUCAGAGACUCAGCCCAAUUCCACAAUAUUCUCAGGUAUCUUUGCCAGUUUUAGCUAUAGCUUGACUUGCAAAAAACAUUUUAAUCAGCAAUAAAAGACUUAAAUACACAACACAGCAAUAAAAGACUUAAAUACACAACACAAUCUUAUUUCUAUCUUCAGAAACUUAAUUUAUACAUUGUUCAAAUUGUUAAAUUUUGUUGUUAAAGACAAGAACUCUUAGAAUUUUGUUCAAAAAUAACUUAGGUCAAGCUCUUUUACGUUAAUUUUUUUUUUCAAACGAUUUGUUUCCAGAAAAUAUCAUUCCUGUGGUAAAAGCCCACUUGUGUUUAUAAUGAGUGAAUCCAACAGUAACUCUGUCAGCAUUCAAAAGUUGUUUCCUAAAGACCUCCAGCUUCAUCUUGGUAUCACUAAUAUAAGGUAAGGGACAGUAUUGCUUAUUUAUUGUGGGGACCUUAGAUUAUAAUGAAGCACAAUAAUUAGAGUACAAUUUAAGUGAUAUAACAUCAUGUAAUGUUAUGAAAACUGGCAAUUAAUGCAGUUAGUAAAAACUAUGGACAAUUUGUUCUGUAGUAUUUUCUUUUCUGUUACAGCAACAAACAAAUGUUUUUAUUUCCCCAUCAGUUUUAAUCCUGUGGCCCCAACAAUGCUCACCAAAGUUUUGACCAAAGUUACCAGUAAGGAGUUGGGAGAGGUUAGUAAUGCACUGGUCCAUUUUGUUUUAUGAAGCUUUUAAUUCACAGCAGUAAUGUAGAUGUAGGUCAAAUAGCUGGCUGGAAUGGACUCAUUGGCCAAGUAAAGUAACUAUUCUUAUGGAGGAGGUAAACCUGAGGAUAAUACCUCAACCAUCAAAGUCGGAAGACAGCAGCCAACUUGGCGUGGAAUUAGAAAUGGUCUGUUAAAGCUUGCAGAAUAAAUCAAAAAUGUAUUUCUUUUUUUUUUAAAUAAAAGGAAAGAAAAUAAUCACUUUAAAUAAAUACAUUGUUUCUACUUCUCAAUAUAUCUAUUGCUUCCUGAGUUAACUUUGUCAAAUUCAAAAGGACAUUAUUAAUUUGCUUGCAGAGCAUGCUCUCCUCUCCAAGAGUGACAGUUAUAGAAGCUAUUGCCAUGUCAAGUAAUGGGGACAUCAGAUCUGCACUAAAUACACUGCAGUUUGCUUGCAGACAAGGUUAGCGGAACAUUUUGAAUUAUAAUUUGUAUUCUUUUUUAACUUACAGCCGAUUAGUAAAUCCUGUCUUUAACUCAUUCCCGACGUUUGCGACUAAAUGCGUCUUUUACGGGUUUCGCCGGAUGCGUCCAAAUGCGUCCCGGCGCAUAGCGACACACCUCUCUCAUAUCUAUUUAAAAAUAGCAAUGAAAUCUCACAUCCCUCGAGACUUCCGGUGAUGGCGUGGUUCAGCGUGAUUUUAAUUUAAAAACCGGAAGUUUUUAUCUUGUUUCACUUUAAAACUAUGUGUACUUCAGUACGGCGCAUGUGUUCGUCCGAGGUGCCGAAAAUCGAUUUUUUUGGCCAUUGUUCGUUAUUUUUUCACUGCUAAUGUUAUAUUUAUAUUAAACCUUAUUCAUUCUUUGUUGCACUUGUUCUUAAUUCGUUAACAUUAAAUAAUAUUUAGCAGCUUAAAUCAAUAUUUUACAAAUGGAAAUCAAUUUCAAGACGGAGUUACUUCCCUUUCUCAGGCAAAUAAAUUAAAUACGGAAGUAGCAUUGCAGGAGGGAAUAAGUUAAAGUUAAUGUCAGGCCGUCCAAUAACUCAUUAAUAACCAUUUUGAUUGUUUAUUGUAUUUAUUUAAAAUUGUAUCCAUAAAUGAAUUUUAAAUAUUAAUUUUCUCUGUUUUUUGGGUUUUUUUGCUUCCAAAGACACCAAAGAUCUUUCAACAUUUCCUCAAAUCUCAUCCGAAUCUAAGAAUAAACUCAAGAGUUCAGGGACAAGGUUAAAAUAUAAGAAUAGUCGUAAACAAGAAUUUGAAGGAGCUGCACCUUCUGAUUCAUCUGUAAUUGGUGCAAAGGACAAAUCUGUUUUUCUGUUUCAUUCUGUUGGCAAAAUACUAUAUUUUAAAAGUGAGUAUAUAUCAAUUUUUUUCAUCCAAGACUUGAAAUAUUUACCAAGUUGGAUAGUUUGGAGGCAAGAGUGAAAUUUAUACCAAUUUUGAGCUUUAUUUUUUUUUGAGAGCAAAUAGAGUUUUCUGCUGGUACUUAGUUAUUAAUUGACCACUCUGCAUUUUUCCUUUAAUUUUGUUGUGCUUUCGUUCAUUUAUAGGAGGGGAACCUAAUGAACAGCUCACACAAAUAUCUCUUCCCAACCAUUUGAAGAGCCAUGACAGAGACCCUUUGAAGGUUGAUCCAGAGGUUAGUCCAUUAAUAUUUCACGGCUGUUUUGUCUAUUUAAUUUCUACUGUCAUUUCUGUCAAUGUUUAAUUUUUUGUUUGAUUAUUAUAUCAGCUCAUAUCUUAUCAACUAACAAGCACUACUUUACUGUCCUGUCACUGCAGCUGUAUGUAUUUUUGUUUUAUAUUGUUUUUACUGUUAGUUUGCUAGCUGAAGAAGGCUUCUUGCUGACACAUUAGUUGUUUUGUUGCGCCCUUUUUUCAGGUUUUCCCAAAUUUUUUAAAAUUCAUUUCCAACUAACAAGCAUUGUCUUCAAGACUCAACACAUCUAGCAUUCAGAAUAAAAAUAAUAACGCAGAUUUAAAAAAAAAAAACUAACUUUCAAAACUACUUUUUUUUUAUUUGAAAAGAAAUUUAUGUAUGAUUGCUUUGAAAAUGUUGACAGUAUUUUCCAAAUUGCAUUUUCUUUGAUCCACCAGGAUGUUGCCUCUCAAUCCCAUGUGUCUGGUGAAUAUUUCACCACUUUUCUACAUGAGAACUAUGUGGAGUUUUUGUCCUCUAUGGAGGACUUAGAGAGGGCUGCUCAAUAUUUCAGUGACUCAGACUAUGUCUCAACCUUGUGGAUGGUAAGCUGAAGAACUUUUUAACCUGUCAAGAACAUUAGCUUAGUGGUGUCAAACAGUCUGGCCCUAAAAGAUCUUUAAUUCAUUCCAAAUAAUAAAAUAAAUACAUUUUUAAAAUAGCAAGAUUUCUAAAAUGUUACCUUUGUGUAUGAAAUCAAUUCUUUGUAAAGGUCCCUGAGACUUUGAAAAAUAACAACUGCAAAGACCUUAUUUGGCAAGGAACGCGGUGUUUACAGGGAUUAAAACAUAAAUCCAUGUAACUCAGUAUUUUUUAUCUGAUUGAUUGUAUAAGUAAGAACCCUUGUAACAAUUCACCGUUGCUAAACAUUCUUGGACAGAUUAAUCUCAAGGCAUCAUAUGAGGGUCAGAGGCCAAAUUUUAAAAAAAAUUGAAACAAUAUUAAUAAUUAUUUCAUAAUGCAGAAAAGUAGUAGAACAUUACUUGUCCGAUCUGACAGUACUAACCUAAGAAUAUAGUUCUGAACUUUAAAUGGUGAGACACUUGGGGUCUUGAUUUUGAAAGGCCAAUUUUGUUCAAGGCCAGGAAAAACAGGAAACAUAUUUUUUGUAAUUAUUUUUUUUGAUGUUGAUGAAUAAUAUAGCAGUUGGCUACAUGAAUACCCAAAGAACAAAUUUUUAUUUAAAUGAAUCAAUUUCUAGAUUAUUUUUAAAAAUUACUUUAAAUUCUUAAGUCUGACUUCUUACCUGUAGGCAAGAGAGGAACUCCAGAAGUACUCACUGUCAAUAGCUACACGAGGUUUCAUUCACUCUAACUCAGACUAUAGUCGCCAUGACAGUGUGAGGAAAUGUCAAGGCUGGCGACCUCUUCAUAAAUCUCAGUUGUUUGAUGUCAGUAAAAAGGUAUGCCAAAAUUGGCUUUUUGUUCAGACCCAUGGCUUCUUAUCUGUUAUAGGGGUCUAAUCUUAGCAACCUUUACCGAUGGCAGGGAGUUAACAUCCAUAGUUUUCCACCAACAAGGACCUUGGAUAUUGCUAUGACCCAUUUCCCAAUGAGAAAUAGGCAUCCCAUAAACAGCUAAAAUUGUAGAUGUAAUCAGACAUUAUUAGACUAAUCGUCAUAUUAAAUUCAAAGUUCAUUCACUUUUUUGUGUUUCAUUUACAGCAACAAAAUUAAUCAAUUUGAGAUUUUUAAGUUAACAUUUUUUUGUGUGUUUGCAAAUAAUUUACAUGUUAACUAGAGGAAAGCCUGCCAUUCCUAAGUUGAACUAAAAAAAAACCUGGUCGCUAGUAUUGGACAAGUGUUUUGUUAAUGAGAAUCAAUAAGUAAAAUGUAUUAAUGACCAGAACCCAUGUAAUUUUAUCCAGUGAUUAAAAAACAGUGAUGUAGUGAUUAGUUGUUGAUAAAAAGAAACCUCUUCAAAUGGGUCAAAGAAACUUCCAAAUAAAAAUACACUUUCCCCUGUCACACCCAAUUCCAUCAUCAAAUGUGGAGCAGUACUUAGAUAACAUACUGCACUUUGCCGCUCUAGAAAGGAUUGUUUUAUGUCAUGAAAAUCAAAGAGAAUAAUUUACAUGAAUGAAUAUUAAAUAAAAUGAUUGGUGUAUUAAAUUUCAGUUUAACAAUUUGUUAAUUCAAUUUUUCUGACAGGCCAUUGAAAACAUAACAUCAGCAAGGCAGCUUUUUAAAGGUAUAUUUAGUUAGAAAAGAGUUUACUAGUUUUUAUGAACACAUUUUGUACACAAACAGUUGGUAUGGCCAAAUUUUAUAUUAUUGCCUCGUCGGUGUUGGGUGGCCGAGUGGUCUAAACUGAGUCAAUCCCAAGGUAGUGGACUCAAGUUCAUUCCACGUCAAAAGCAAAAAAGAAAACAUCACCAGCACUGGUUAACCUUGGAUGACAUUUCAUCUUAGAGAAGGCAAACUGAAAUCAAACCCGGAGAUAGAAUCCCAUAGGUUGUAAGAUAUUGAAAGUUCAAACAACUAAGUCUUGCCAUGAGAUCAAAUAGGCAAGGAUGAGAGAGUGAGGCUGAUAAAUUGAGCAACUCUCCCUUAUACAAUUCAAGCCAAGACCAGUAUUCAAAUACUACUCAAGUCAUCUUCGGGUACGAAGUAUGAGCAAUAAAUAAAAAUAUAACGAUGAACAAUAAAUAAAAAUAAAAUAACUGCCUGCUUGAAGGGGUUCAUAAAUUUUAUUUUCAGCUUUUUUUCUGAUUGAAAAGCUCUUAUGACGUUUAAUAAAUCCCCCUAUCUGGUUUGUUUUCUCCUCAGGUCAUCACUGGGAACCUGAAGUAUUGUGUACUGAGAUCCUGCCUUAUAUCAGUCUGUGCAAUCCAACCUUACAUGACACAGGUCAAUGCAUUUAUUAUUAGGAUUUCUUUAGAUAAAUAAAUUAAUCUUGAUCCCCCUUUGCCAAUAAAUUUAUUAGAAACAAUACUUUUUAUUCUCUUUUAUAAAAACAAACAAUUUCAAAUUUUGCGCAAAUAAGAUUAAUUGAAUAGAAAAGAAAUCCAUUCUUUAUUAUUAAAUAAAAUGUAUAAGUGUGUGGUUUUUCUUCUUCUAUAUUUCAGGACAAAUUAAUUUUGUGCAAGAAAUGACACAUUUCUCACGUUCAAAAAAUGCUUUCAGGUAAAUUAAUUUUCUAAAAUUAAAAAUCAAUUAAAAUUCACUAAUCUUUACAAAAUAAAUAAUUUUUCUCAUGAAUAUAUUAUUUUAUUCAGCUAAGAAAUACACAGCUAAUUUUAUUUUUUUUAUGUACAAGAAUAUAUUUUAAUAUUUAGAACAUGCAUAAAUUCAUAGGAUUUACAUAAAUAUAUUUUUAUAUCCCUGCAAAUCACUCAUUACCCUUUUCUCAUAUAACUUAUCACUAUAACAAUAGGUGCAACAAAUUUGUAGCUAAAAAAUUGGAACAAUUUUAGCUAAUCUGUUUAAAGCUAAAUCCUGAAGAUAUGCUUUUGCUGAUCAUUUGAGGGUCUUUGCAUAAAACUUUUAUAUAUUAUAAUCGCUUGAGAUAUUUUUAUAAGCCUUCUGCCAUAAAAUGCUCACACACACAUUUUAUAAACCCUCAUCAGACCAACACUGGAGAGAUUGAAUGAAAAAGAUGUAGUGUUUGAAGAAGAUAUGCAGGAGGAUGAUGGAGGCGAGGAAUCCCGUAUGUUUCCAUCACUACUCCACCAUGCUCAGGCUGACAGCAUUGAUGAUGCUGACAAUGAAAAUAUUUCCAACAGCCAGACAAAUGUAUCGGUUACUGGUGAUGAAGAUGAAGUUGUGAUUGAGGACUUUGAUGAUGAGAUUUAAAUUUUUGGUGAAAUUUUAUGAAAAUCCAGAGCCCCAGGGAAUCCUUUCCUUUUAAAAAACUGAAACAAUGUGAGGCUUUUGUGAGCGAUAGCUACAUAAAUAUUUAUCUGCUUUAUUUUGAAUGUUAAAAAUGCAUUUCAGGAAUCUGUAAAAUUCGAUCAGACCACUCUGGUGCUCUUGUUAAACUUUACCUUCUUCUGAUAUUAUUUGCAUGUUGUAAUUUGUCAUAUUUAUUUUAUGCCUUUAAAAAACGUUGUCUGGAAUAAAAAUGGCCAUCCUAAUGAGCAUUUAUGAUUCAUAAACAUUUUUGACACAUGACCUUUAAAAAAAGAAAUUAAAGCUAUAAAUAGGAAUAAUUUAACUAAAGCAAUGUUUAACAAGAAAAUAUUUAAAAGUAAGUGAAUUUUGUCUUGAUAAAUAUUUGAGUGUGAUAACAUUAUUAUUGUUACUGUUUGAUAUUAUAUUAAAAACAUUAUGUCCUUAUGCCUCUUGAUUUAAAGUUUUUCAAACAUUUUCCUUGAGUUUAAUUUGAGACAUUUUUUGCAUGCUGUACACAUGGUAUGUAUCGGUAUUAGUUAUUCCCAAGCAUUACAAUAAAUUUGUCUCAGAGCUAAUUUAUCAGGGCUGAACAAUGUAAUAAAUUAGUGAAUCAGAUUAUCCUAUUUUAAAUGAAGGUGGGUAUUAUUUCAUUUUAUCAGGAAGUACUACA